ACCUUUUCUCGAUCUAACGUCUGGGCAAUCUAGUCAGAAAAAAACAAUAUGUCUGCGCCCAUUGGAACAAUUUGAUGUUAUACUUUAAUGACUCAAUAUUAGGUCAGAACAAUGUUUUCUAAAUAGACUAUACGCUAACAUGAUUAAAAGGGUGAUCGAGAAGUGGAAACAGUAUAAGUAUAGAUUUGUUCCAUGGAUUGCUCUAAAUCUGAAAGACAGAUCAAUUCGGGCAGUUCCAUCAAAAUCUUCAGAUGAAAUUAUACCUAAGAUAGAGGCUCUCCAAUUCGUCGAAACGUUGUUUCAAGCCUUUGAUGCUUCUGAAAAAUGCGACAAUCAGAAAUAUAACGUAAAAGCUCACAAUGGACAAGAUGGUUCAAGAUUAUUAUAUACGGACAAAAAAACGAUUUCUGUAAGAAACCUAUACGUUAUGUCGGAUGUUGUGGGGUUUACUAUAGGCAGAAAAGUUAGUGGUCUGGCUCAUGGUGGAACCGGUGUAUUCGUUACCUCCGGGAUGGUUCCUGUUCAUACUGUUGUGGCUAUGUAUCCAGGGACCUUGUAUUACAAUUAUGAGCCAAUAUUACUACAAAGUAUAAAUAAUCCCUUUAUCUUUCGAUGUUUAGAUGGCUUACUGAUAGAUGGCAAUGACAAAGGAAUCUCUAAGUACCUAUAUAGAUCAUGCUCUAACAGGGAUCGUGUUGGACCAUAUCUGAUGUGCGACAGGUCCUGGUUAUCAACCCAUCCUAUCAAUCCAUUGGCUAUUGGACAGUAUGUUAACAACCAAUCAAAGAGGCAUUCAGCAAAUGUAGCCUAUCAAGAGAUUAUCGUGCCAAAAGACUUUCCUUUCUCACUGAAAAAAUACAUACCAAAUAUAUACUAUAGUGCCAGUAUAGACAAUCCUGAUGAGAUUAGAUUAACUAGAUUAGUUGUAUUAGUGUCAACAAGAACUAUUGAGUGCGGAGAAGAAUUAUUUUCAACUUAUUUUACUGUUGUAUAUUGACUGCAAAUAAAAAAAUGUUUAAACUGCCAGCUAGGUGUAAUCUAAUGGCGAGAUCAUAGUGCCAACAGGGCGUUUUAUUUUAUCUUAGUGACAACAGAAGCUGAGACACUGUUGCUCAUCCAAAAUCCAACCGCCACUGAUACUUGUUCUGACUGAUUCCUCUUUUGUCAACAUUACCAACAAAAACCAAUGACUCACACCAAGUUAAGAAGGAUUAAUGUGUAAUUCUACAAAAAAUAUGUAGUUUUGUGAAAAAUAAUACAAUCAAUAUACCUAAUUAUAAACUAUUCUUCAGGCCAUAUUCGUAUGUAGCUUGUUGACAUAAUAUGGAGUAUAUGGCUUGCGAGGGAAUAGGAUUGAUUUGUUCUACUCCAUGACUUUUUGUCGCAGCAAGUAGAGUUUCAGAAAAGUCCUACUGACAACCCUAUCUUUAAUAACUUCCAUCGAACUGGGUUACUCCUAUCUACGUAAUUCAGUUAUUCACACCCAAGGGUCUUUUAUGAACAUUAUUUAUAUGAAGGUAAAAGCUGGCAAGGUAAUUUGCCGAGGAAUUGGCAACAUUUUCUAAUUUUACUGUACUAGAAUACAGAUGUGACCAUCUUCUUUCUCAAAA